CACACACACACACACAGUCAGGCAGGCAACAGAGACAGAGAGCAACACAGAGAGAAGGGAAACACUAAAGAUAGAUAGGUGGGUUAAAGAAGAAACAACAACCACAAAGAUUAAGUAUGUAAACAUGGUUAUGUGAGCUAUUGGCUCACUCCAAUAUGGUAUCCUUCCGUGCCGCAGGAUACAUUCCGAGUAAGGAUUUUCAGGGAAGCAGAUACAACACCAUGAACAGCCCUCCUGACCACAUAGAUGGGGUCAACAUGUGCUAGACAGCACCCAACUGGCCGAGGCGCAAAUGUCCAAGAGGGGAACUCUGAGCAGGGCUCACGAGGCUGGAACAAUGGAGAUGUGUAGUAGCGUGGUGUUGGGAGGCCUGGUGUUGUUGCUUCUACUGUGGUUGUUCAGGCUGAGGAGACAGAGACAUGUCCAUCUACCCCCAGGACCCUGCGCCCUGCCGCUUCUAGGCAACCUGCUUCAGAUUGACAAACAGGCCCCCUUCAAGACCCUCACCAAGUGGAGUGGUGUGUAUGGGCCAGUGAUGACAGUGUAUCUUGGGCCCCAGCGAGCCGUGGUGCUGGUGGGGUACAGGGCAGUCAAGGAGGCUCUGGUGGACCAGGCUGAAGAUUUCACAGGACGAGCUCCUGUUCCCUUCCUGGUCCUUGUUACCAGGGGAUAUGGCCUGGCCAUCAGUAAUGGGGAGCGUUGGCGCCAGCUGCGUCGUUUCACCCUGACCACGCUGAGAGACUUUGGGAUGGGUCGUAAGAGGAUGGAGGAGUGGGUACAGGAGGAGAGCCAACACCUCAUAGACAGUCUGGUCGCCACUAAAGCCGUACCCUUCGAUCCUCAUCCAUUCCUGAGUCGCACCGUGUCCAACGUCAUCUGCUCCCUGGUGUUCGGCCAGCGCUUCGGCUAUGACGAUGACAACUUCCUGCACUUGCUCAACAUCCUCUCAGCUGUACUGCGCUUUGGAAGCAGCCCCUGUGGACAGCUGUACAACAUCUUCCCCUGGCUGAUGGAACACCUGCCUGGUCGGCAGCAAGUCGUGUUCGGCCAGAUGGAUGAGUUGAGAGGCUUUGUGAUGAAAAAGAUCCACGAGCACCAGGAGACCAUUGACCCAGGCAACCCGAGAGACUUCACAGACUGCUUCCUCACCAGACUCAACCAGGAGAAGGAUGUGUCCUCCUCUGAGUUCCAUUACGAUAACCUGGUGUCCACAGUGUUGGACCUCUUCCUUGCAGGAACAGAGACCACCAGCACCACUCUCAGAUACGCCUUCAUGCUGCUCCUCAAAUACCCCGACAUUCAGGAGCACGUUCAGCAGGAGAUCGACACAGUGAUUGGCCGACAGCGCGUCCCUCAGAUGGAGGACAGGAAGUCCCUGCCCUUCACAGAAGCCGUCAUCCACGAGGUGCAGCGCUUCCUGGACAUCGCCCCAUUGAACCUCCCGCACUAUGCCACCAAGAAUAUCUCAUUCAGAGGGUACACUAUCCCUCAGGGCACCGUGAUCCUUCCAAUGCUGCACUCUGUUCUGAGAGACCAGGACCACUGGGCCACGCCCACAACCUUCAAUCCCAAUCACUUCCUUGAUCAGAACGGAAACUUCCAGAAGAACCCCGCCUUCUUGGCUUUCUCUGCAGGUAAGCGUGCCUGUGUGGGAGAGUCUCUGGCUCGUAUGGAGAUCUUUCUGUUCCUGGUGUCUCUGCUGCAACAUUUCUCCUUCUCCUGCCCUGGAGGACCUGACAGCAUUGACCUCAGCCCAGAGUUCAGCAGUUUCACUAACGUGCCGCGUCACUACCAGCUCAUCGCUACACCCCGCUGACCAGGAUGGGAAUUACAGCCGAACUACAGGAGGAGUACUCAGGAGGAGGAGGAGUAGAGAUGAGGGAGGUAGGGACAGCACAGGAGGUUGGUUCCCAUAUGUCUGCCAUUUCAUAAGAUUGUUCCAGCCAUUAUUAUUAUGAGCCGUUCUCCCCUCAGCAGCCUCCACUGAGGGACGGGUAUCUGAUUUUUGUUUUGUUUUUCAUGACAAUGUGAUGCUUUGUGAUACUUUGUGAUGUGUGUUCUUUAACAACGAAUGCUUGGAGAUUUUUCUGGUCAGUAUAGGUGGAUCAGGAGAAACUCAGGGUCCUGAGAGUGAAGUCCUCUUUGUCCUUGUCUUGUCGUGUCCCGUGUAUAUAUAUAUUUACAUAUUUUCUUUGCAUAUCUUUAUAUAUAUUUUUCUCUCUAAAAAUCUCAACUUCAAAACACUCUCCUGCAACCCACCUCACCAAGUAAAAAA